AUGAAGACAAAGGAUCAGACGAAGAGCAGCUCGAGCGGUUUUCUAUGUGGGACACGAGCGAGAGCGGCAGAGAGUGACGACGUGGGCGUGCAAAAGCAAGCAGCAGAUUGCGAGCAAAUGGGUAAAGUCGAUGCCCGUUUGGAGCAACAUGUGGACGUAUGCUUGGGGUCAUCGCCAAAGAGGACUUCAUACCUCGUCAAGCUGCAGACGCAGAUGCAGUGCGGCGGAGUGCAAGCUGCAGGCGCCCAGUUUUGUGGAACGGCGAAGAACGAGCAGGCGAUAGUGCGUCUCAAUGGCCGUGCGGCCUUGCGCGCUGGCCACGAUGGAAAUGAGGCUGUCGGCUGGGGGCCAAUUGGGACAAGCUGCGGUUUCGUUGUUUACAUCACCAGGGGCACGAUGCUUGUAAGAUAUGCGCUGGCGAAGGAGGUGGGCGUAUGA